GCUGUUCUCUCUCUCUGAUACUGUCGGAUCGAUGGGCCGGAGUCCGCAACUUUCACAUCUGCACCGCUGGAUCCUCUCGUUUGAUUUGCUCCUGUUUCCCGAACUGGACUAAAAGAAGAGAAAAUGAAAAUGAAGGCGUUUGUGAUUAUUCUGAUUCUGGCUGCCCAGGUUUACACCGACAGCGUGGAGGGACCCACAGCAGCCGGCUGUACUUUCGAUGAGGACUCAGACCCCAACUUGUGCGAGUUCAGCCAGGGAGAGGAGGACGAUUUUGAUUGGCAGCUGUUCCGCACCAGCUCCUUAUCUCACGUCACCCCAGAUCUUCCGCAUGGCUCUUACAUGAUAGUGAACUCAUCCCAGCAUGCCGCAGGACAAAGAGCUCAGCUGCUGCUGCAGACGCUCAGCGAGAAUGACACGCACUGCGUUCAGUUCAGCUACUUCCUGUACAGUCGGGACGGACACAGCCCCGGAGCGCUUAAGACGUACGUGCGGGUAAACGGCGGCCCACUUGGCAUGGCUGUGUGGAACGUCUCGGGUUCGCAAGGGCACCAGUGGUACCAAGUGGAGCUGGCAGUCAGCACCUUCUGGCCCAAUGAGUAUCAGAUAUUGCUGGAGGCGACUGUGGACCGCUGGGGUUACAUUGCUGUGGAUGACAUCCUGCUGCUGAACUAUCCCUGCUAUAAAGCUCCUCAUUUCUCUCGCCUGGGGGAUGUCGAGGUCAAUGCUGGGCAGAAUGCCACCCUGCAGUGUGUGGCAUCAGGUCGGGCGUCGGAGGCAGAAAAGUUUUUAUUGGAGCGGCACAAUGGAGAGGUGUCAUCAGGUGGCUCGGUCAAGCACCUCGGCCGCAAUCGCUUCGCUGUGUCCUUCCAGCUGGAGGACGUCCAGAAGCCAGAGCAGGACCUGUACCGCUGUGUCACCCAGUCACCCAAAGGCUCCGGUGUCUCUAACUUUGCUGAACUCGUUGUGAAAGUGCCCCCCUCUCCGAUUGCACCACCGCAGCUUCUCAGGGCAGGCUCUACCUACCUGAUCAUCCAGCUCAACACCAACUCCAUCCUGGGUGACGGUCCCAUUAUCCGACGAGAGAUAGAAUACAGAGCCAGUCAUGCACCCUACUCAGAGAUCAAUGGAGUCAACAUGCUUACCUACAAGCUCUGGCACCUGGAUCCAGACACCGAGUAUCACAUCAGUGUACUGCUCACCCGGCCUGGAGAGGGUGGCACCGGUCCCCCUGGACCACCUCUCAUCAGCAGGACUAAAUGUGCUGAGCCCAUGCGAGCCCUGCGUGGAUUAAGGGCUUCAGAGAUCCAGGCCCGGCAGUUGACAUUGCAGUGGGAACCUCUUGCCUUUAACCUGACGCGCUGCUACACAUACUCAGUUUCGCUGUGCUACCGCUACGCCAUAGCAGGAGGCGCGGGAGCCGGCGGGCACAACACCACCAUCAGAGAAUGCCUGGCAGUCGAGCGCAACAUGUCCCGAUUCACCCUGCGAGACCUGCCGCCCUACCACACAAUCCAUGUGCGCCUGGCUCUCGCCAACACCGAAGGCAAGAAGGAGGGGAAGGAGGUCACUUUCCAGACGGAGGAGGACAUCCCUGGAGGAAUUGCCCCAGAGUCGCUGACUUUCACCCCUCUGGAUGACAUGGUCUUCCUCAAGUGGGAGGAGCCUGUGGAACCCAACGGUAUCAUCACACAAUAUGAGAUUAGCUACCAGAGCAUUGAGUCGUCUGAUCCUGGCAUUAACGUGCCAGGCCCACGACGCACCGUCUCCAAACUGAGGAAUGAAACGUACCACAUGUUUUCCAACUUGCACCCUGGCACCACGUACCUCAUCUCUGUACGAGCUCGGACUGCCAAAGGAUUCGGCCAGACAGCACUGACCGAGAUCACCACCAACAUCUCAGCACCCACUUUUGACUACGGGGACAUGCCAUCUCCACUGAGUGAGACAGAAAGCACUAUUACUGUGCUGCUUCGACCUGCCCAGGGACGAGGUGCUCCUGUCAGCACGUACCAAGUCGUGGUGGAGGAAGAGAGUGUGAGGAGGGUGAAGAGAGAGUUAGGGGUGCAGGAGUGUUUUCCUAUUCCCACCUCUCAUGGUGAGGCACAGGCCAAGGGUGCUCCUCAUUACUACACAGCCGAACUGCCCCCCAGCAGCCUUCCUGAGGCAACACCAUUCACUGUUGGGGACAACCACACCUACAAUGGUUACUGGAACAGCCCGCUCGACCCCAGAAAAAACUACCUUAUCUACUUCCAGGCCAUGAGCAACUUUCGAGGGGAAACAAGAAUAAACUGCAUUCGCAUUGCCCGUAAAGCGGCCUGUAAGGACCACCGGAGAGCUUUGGAGGUGACCCAGCACUCGGAGGACAUGGGCCUGAUUCUGGGAGUGUGUGCAGGAGGACUGGUGGUUCUAAUUCUCUUGCUGGGGGCCAUCAUCAUUAUUAUUAAGAAAGGAAGGAACCACUACUCUUACUCUUACUAUCCUAGGAAACCAGUGAACAUGAAUAAGACUCCCAUUACAUACAGGCAGGAGAAGAAUCAUAUGAUGGGUUCGAUGGAGCGCAGCUUUGCUGACCAGAGCACCCUGCAGGAGGACGAGAGAAUGGCUCUGUCCUUUAUGGAUGCUCACACCUGCAGCAGCCGCAGUGAUCCACGUAGCUCUAUGAAUGAGUCGAGCAGUCUGCUCGGUGGCUCUCCUCGAAGGCUAUGCAGCAGUAAAGGUUCUCCAUACCACACCGGACAACUUCACCCUGCCGUCCGGGUAGCAGAUCUGCUACAGCACAUCAACCAGAUGAAGACCGCUGAGGGCUACGGCUUCAAACAAGAGUACGAGAGUUUCUUUGAAGGCUGGGACGUCACAAAGAAGAAGGAUAAAACAAAGGGAAGACACGAUACACUAAUGGGUUACGAUCGGCACAGAGUAAAAUUGCACCCACUUCUCGGAGACCCAAACUCGGACUACAUCAACGCCAAUUACAUUGAUGGCUACCAUCGGUCCAACCACUUCAUUGCCACUCAGGGACCCAAGCAGGAAAUGGUUUAUGAUUUCUGGAGAAUGGUGUGGCAGGAGAACUGUUACAGCAUCGUUAUGAUCACCAAGCUUGUGGAGGUGGGCAGGGUGAAGUGCUACAAGUACUGGCCGGAUGAGACCGAGAUGUAUGGAGACAUCAAGAUCAGCCUGCUGAAGACAGAAACCCUGGCCGAGUAUACAGUACGCACCUUCUCCUUAGAGAGGAGGGGCUACUCAGCAAAGCACGAGGUUCAACAGUUCCACUUUACAACAUGGCCGGAGCAUGGCGUGCCUUACCACGCAACGGGACUGCUGGCCUUCAUCCGCCGGGUCAAGUCCUCUACACCAGCCGACGCCGGCCCUGUGGUCGUCCAUUGCAGUAUGGGGGCUGGCAGGACGGGCUGCUACAUUGUACUGGACGUCAUGUUGGACAUGGCUGAGUGUGAGGGAGUGGUGGACAUCUACAACUGUGUAAAAACUCUCUGUUCCCGCCGGAUCAACAUGAUACAGACUGAGGAGCAGUACAUAUUCAUUCAUGAUGCGAUCCUGGAAGCAUGUCUAUGUGGAGAAACGGCUAUACCAGUAAAUGAGUUUGCUCUUGCAUAUAAAGAGAUGUUAAGGGUUGACUCACAGAGCAACUCAUCACACCUUCGAGAAGAGUUCCAGACAUUGAACUCUGUAACACCCCAUCUGGACGUAGAGGAGUGUAGCAUCGCACUUUUGCCACGGAACCGUGAGAAGAACCGCAGUAUGGACGUUCUGCCACCAGACCGUGCUCUGGCAUUCCUGAUCACCACUGAAGGAGAGAGCAACAACUACAUUAAUGCUGCUCUUACUGAUAGCUUUUACCGCCCAGCAGCCUUUAUAGUGACCCCCCACCCUCUGUCUGGCACCACCACUGAUUUCUGGAGGCUGGUGUUCGACUACGGCUGCACCUCUAUUGUCAUGCUUAACCAGCUGAACCAGUCCAACUCAGCUUGGCCAUGUGUGCAGUACUGGCCUGAACCUGGUUUACAGCAGUAUGGCCCCAUGCAGGUGGAAUUCCUCUCGAUGUCUGCUGAUGAAGAUAUUAUCACACGUCUGUUCCGUGUCCAGAAUGUCUCAAGGCUCCAGGAGGGUCAUCUGGUGGUGUGCCAGUUCCAGUUUUUGCGCUGGUCAGCAUAUCGUGACGUGCCUGACUCUAAGAAGGCCUUCCUCAGCCUGCUGGCACAUGUACAGAAGUGGCAAAGGGAAUGUGGUGAAGGACGCACCGUGGUCCACUGCCUGAAUGGUGGUGGGCGUAGUGGCACAUUUUGUGCAAGUACUAUUUUAAUGGAGAUGACUGAGCACCAGAACAUGGUGGAUGUCUUCUAUGCCACCAAAACCCUGCGCAAUGCCAAGCCCAACAUGGUGGAAUCACUGGAGCAGUACCGAUUUUGCUACGACCUGAUGCUGGAGUAUUUGGAGUGUACGGAGCUCAGAUAGCAACAUUGACUCCACUCUCCUCCCUAUACAGAUGGAAAUGGAUGCAGAUUCACUUUAUUUCUCUUUCCAUCUUCCUCUCCUUUUUUGUCAGCUCACUCACAUCAAAAGUCUUUUCCAGUGAGGGAAAGAACAGAAAAUAAACAUGUGAGCAGAA